AUGUUUUCAAAUAUAUUAAGACAAAGCAGUAGGGGACUUAUAAAUUUCACUAGUGUCUCAUCUAGACCGUUAGGUGUUCCUGCUUUUGGAAUGAACCCUUUAAUAACAAGCUCACCAUUGCAGUCGGUUGUUGGAUUGAUGCAACAGAGAUUUAAAUCAAGAGGAAAUACCUAUCAACCUUCAACUAGAAAAAGAAAGAGAAAAUUGGGGUUCUUGGCUAGACUCAGGUCCAUUGGUGGUAGAAAAAUACUUGAAAGAAGAAGAGCAAAGGGUAGAUGGUUCUUAAGUCAUUAG